AUGUCUGGUACUAACCCCACCGAUUCCCAUCCUGGAACCCGUCCCGGCUCGUCGGCUGGCCGCGCCCCUUCCGGUUCCGAGGCUACCACGGCUUCCUCCAGCGGCUCGGGAUCCGGCGCUCCCAAACUUCGAGGCAAUUAUUAUAUCGUCGUCGAUCGCGUCUAUGGCCAGCCCUGUGACGAAUGGACAGUGCCCUUUGGUCCCAACAGACUCCCAACCGACCACAUCAUCUGCGUCGAUGGUACGGGCAACAACCAGAUCGGUAACGGCAAGCACGAGCACAUCACAAAUGUUGCAAAGAUUUCGUCCAUUAUGGAACCUACCUCGGCCGACGCGAAGCGCACCCAGACGGUUGUGUACCAGCCCGGGCUAGGGUCCAUUCAGUCUGGUCUAGACCAUAAGAUUAACGAUUUGGCUUUUGGCUUCCACUUUGGCAAAAUCCUUCGAAAUCUUUACCGCCAUCUCUGCGUCACCUGGAAGGAAGGCGACAGGAUCUUCCUCUUUGGCUUCUCCCGCGGCUCCUACAUUGCCCGCGUCCUCGCGUCUUUCAUCGUCGACGUUGGCAUCUUUGACUGGAAACACGACUUGCAGAAGCAGUACAACGCGUACGACCUCAGCGACGCUAAUGUCAGUGAGGAAACUAUCGACUUGGAAGCCAUGGACAGCUUCGACAAAAUCAUCGACGAGAUUUUCAACGACUGGGUGGCAAAGGGCGUGGCUGGGCCUACCCAGCUGGGAAAGUACAAGCCCCACAUGGCAUUUAACGGCGUCGAAAUCGCAUUUUUGGGCCCCUUUGAUACCGUUGCAUCGCUCGGGAUGCCCGACAUGAAGCUUAUGAACUUGCAGUCGACAAAGUUCCACUUCGCAGAGCCCAUCGAAAACCGGCCACGCAUCCUUGCGGCCGCCCACGCCUGCUCACUGUCCGAGAGUCGGAUAAACUUCAAAUUAGUGCCGUUCGACGGCCCCUUGGGCGGCAAGACCAACCAGGUCUUGUUCCCAGGGUACCAUAGCUGCAUUGGAGGUGGCUCGGGCGACAAGGGCAACACCAUCUCGACAGUCACCUUCAUCUGGAUGGUUUGCCAGUUCAAGCACCUGCUUCACAUCAACAUGAAGGCCCUCCAGCUCAUGGCAUUUACUAAAUAUGGGCUCACGCCGUCCAAGAAGUUAUCCAGCUCGCUCACCGGCCCGUACUUAUUCGCCGGCAAGUCGGACAGAAUAAACUGGCCCGCAAACAUCAAGUUGCACAUCAUUGCAGACAGGGAGCAGUUCAAGAAAUACACGGGCAUUACGAAAAUUCCUAAAAUUGAGGGAUCCAUGCUUAAAAACUUGUGGAAAACGCUGGCCCCUGCAGGCACGGGUGAUGAGGUGGUUACCGCGUGGGAACAGGCCAUUUACGAUAAGAUUUCCGAGCUGGCAAACGGCGAUAAUGUCCUCAGCAAGCUCCGUACUGUGUGGAAGGACAUCCAGCCCGGCCCGGGGUCCGACCAUGAUGAUGGUCGCGUCAGACUGAAUUCGGUCCUGACCAGUUACCUCCGCUUCGGUCCUUAG